CCUCCCAAGAUGGCGCAGUCGGUGAACAUCGCGGAGCUGAGCCUCCCGCAGCUCGAGAUGCUCAAGAACCAGCUGGACCAGCGCACCUGGACCUUGUCUCCCCAGGAGGUGGAGUUCCUGUCCACGUCCAUCGCGCAGCUCAAGGUCGUGCAGACCAAGUACGUGGAGGCCAAGGACUGCCUGAACGUGCUGACCAAGAGCAACGAGGGGAAAGAAUUGCUCGUCCCACUGACGAGUUCUAUGUAUGUUCCCGGGAAGCUCCAUGAUGUAGAACACGUGCUCAUCGAUGUGGGAACUGGCUACUACGUAGAGAAGUCAGCGGAGGAUGCCAGGGAUUUCUUCAAGAGGAAGAUAGACUUCCUCACCAAGCAGAUGGAGAAAAUCCAGCCAGCUCUCCAGGAGAAGCAUGCCAUGAAACAGGCUGUCAUGGAGAUGAUGAGUCAGAAGAUCCAGCAGCUCACGGCCCUGGGAGCCGGCCAGGGUACCGCCAAGGCCUGAGCGUGGGUGCCCGCGGCGGACGGCGGCGGACCGCGGCGGGGGCGGGGCCUCGGCCCU